GUUCCUGUGAGGGUUCAAGUUGCCUCAUGGAAUUUUCACACAGCAGCCCGCGCGUGUGGAGGCGCUUGCCUCUCUUUGGACUAGCGGCGAGUCCCGGUUCCCUUCGCGCCUUCCGGGUGAGAGACGAUCUUGGACCGAGAAUGAGCCGUGGCCAUUGGCUCAAUUGACCUCGCAGACCCACUUACAUCUCAACGUGAAUUGAAGACUUGGACUUGGGAGAACUGAAUCGCUCACUGAGCUUCAGACUUCCCACUGCUGCCUGUGAUGCCUUUCUCAAACGAUGCGCCAGCGCGAGGCUUUGUGCCUCCUUCUAUCAAAGAAGCGGUUGUCCCACCCCUUGUACUGGGCGCCUAUUGUGGCGCUGCUGGCGCGUUUCUAGGCUCAGGGGCGGCUACAUUUACCGGGAGAAAUCCCGUGCUGAGUGGUGCGGCCACGGGCAUUCAAUGGGGCAUGCUCGGAAGCACAUAUUGGUUCUCCCGCCAAAUGACUUUGCGUGCGAUGGGGGCAUCCGAAAACCCAACGAAUGGGCAGAAACUCCAAGCCAGCGGGUUGGCCAGCGUACCGGCGAGUGUUGUGAUGAUCCUAGGGUUUGGACCAUACAUGAGGAGCAAUAUUGUUUCUUCUUUCACACUUUGCGGAGUGGCAGCCGUGGGAGGCCAGUUUGCGAUCGACUGGUAUAGACAGUUACCCGAAAGGCCCGUGGACGAAGACAGGAGCUGGAUGAACUCGCGCUUCAGCCCACUGAAGAAAAUGUCAGACAAGGAAUACACCGACAUGUUGAGUGAGAAACUCUUGCGGGUUGAUGCCGACAUCGCCCUAAUCGACGAGCGGAUAGAGAAACUCAGGGAGCAGGCGGCAUUUGAGGGUGCGCCGGCAGAAAGGCCGAAAUGAUUCGAGCGAGGUUCAAAAGGACAUGGAGUCACGCUCACCUUGAAGCCCCGUGCGACGCGCACCUCGACGAGCCCAGCCAACGAUUCGAUCAGGGCCAACUGGCCACCAAAUUCGAACUACGACACCUUCCAAACACAGACGCAUACAGAGCGCUGCAAUAAUCUUGAAAGGCAGCGCUUCGUCAAGGCAACCUGCGGAUGCCAUAGUCACUAACAGGGACACACUGCCCAACCUUGAAAUGAAGGGAUCCAAGACAAAUUGAGGGAGGGUACAGUAUCGCAGGCCCCUGGCCAUGUCAAAGGGCGAAACGCGCAUACGGAUUUGUAUAUUAUGUAUAGACAUGAAGUAUAUCAAAUAUCAAUACUAAUUGUAGACCAAAA